CUUUCUUUCUUUUUUUUUUUUUUUUUUUUUUUUAGUUUGUUUUUGGGGGGUUUUCUUUUCUUUUCUUUCUUUCUUUUCUUUUUUUUUUUUUUUUCUAGACAGGGUUUCUCUGUAUAGCCUUUGCUGUCCUGGAACUCACUCUGUACUGUAGACCAGGCUGGCCUGGAACUCGGAAAUCCGCCAGUCUCUGCCUCCGAAGUGCUAGGAUUAAAGGUGUGCACCACCACUGCCCGGCAGAAUAUCUAUUUUCAAUCAACAGAAAAUGAAAAAAGAACAGAGACUUUUGUAGAGAAGCCUGGAAUUUGAAGUUUCCUGAAAAGUCCUUAGCAUAGUUGGCUUAACUGAAAAUAUUUUUUUCUUAAAUCAUCAAAGAGGUAAAUCAUUUACUUACCUAAUUUAGGCCUUAUAAAUAUUGAAAUAGCGAUAACUUUUCUUUUUUUUUUUUUUUAAGAUAAAAAGACAAUAAACCUUAGGCUGGGAAUCUUGGGUUUGCUAAUCAGAGCUGUGUGGCUCCAAGUCCCAGUCUCUUCAGGGUCUCUGUCAUUCAUCACGCUGCCUGUGUGCUCUGUGCUUCCCAUCUUGUGAUAACAUACUAGUUAUUUUAGGGUGUUAGACAAAAUGUUGUGAAUAUUAAGUCUGACCAUGACCUAAGUUCUUCUGCAGCAUUGUGGGUAGACACAAAUCAGGAUGAAGAAUUCCUAACAGUGCAGAACUCCUAUGCAGGCGGCAGGUCUGCUGAAAGUCAGGGUUGAAAAUCCGCCCUUUCUCCAGCUGAGUCGUUUUUUUGUCAGACUGAGUCAUAAGAUUAACCCCUGACAAGUUCCUUUAAAAAAGAAAGAAAGCAAAGAUGAAACAAGCUCAUUGAGUAGGGCAGCACUUGAUGGGCUAGAAACAUUCCCUGUAAGAUGAGUCGCCUAGGGAAAGGGGCUGCAGCUGUUGCAGAGACUGGGGAUUUGUUGGCAGGUCGGGGGAGGGGGUUGUUUGUUUGUUUUGUUUUUUUAAAUAGAGAAAAAGACCUUGACAUAGAAGAGAGUUAAUAAUUGUGGUAAAGAAAAUGACUAUCCAGCCGGGCAGUUCCUAAACCUCCUCUCAAUUUAGAUAGUAGUAUGGUGCUUUAUGGAGGAGGAGGUCUGCGGGGGAGGGGUGGGGGGUGGCUUUAAUAUCCUUUUUCUCCCCUAAUAUGAGUCUGUCUUAUAGACUGUCGCUGUCUUCAGACACAUCAGAAGAGGGCAUUGGACCCCAUUUCAGAUGGUUGUGAGAUACCAUGUGGUUGCUGGGAAUUGAACUUAGGAUCUCUGGAAGAGCAGUCAAUGCUCUUAACCACUGAGCCAUCUCUCCAGCAUGCUUUAAUAUCUUUUUAAAUUUUAUUUUAUGUAUAAUGGUGUUUUGCUUGAGUGUAUAUCUAUAUUACCACAUGUGUGUCCGGUGCCCCAGGAAGACAUAAAAGGAUGCCCUAGGAUUUAAGUUACAGAUGGUUGUGAGCCACCAUGUGGGUGCUAGGAAUGGAGACCAGUCCUCUGGAAGACCAGCCUUCUUAAUUACUGAGCAUCUCUCUAGCCCUCCCUUCUACAUUUAAACUGAACAGUAAAUCUUAACCAGUUGUUAAUUUUAUAGCUGCCCUGCCCGCCCACCAAAAAGAUUUGUUUAGUUUUACUUUGAUUUUGUUGUUGUUGUUGUUGUUGUUGUUGUUGGCCUGAUUGCUGCCCUCAAAUUAUUACAUUCUUGCCUCUAAAAUAAAAACAGGGGAAGAAAGUCUGUUUCCUUGUGUUAUAAUAGCCAUGGCUGCAUAGAGAUUUACAUUAUACUGCUUGUUUUACCAGCAAAGCUAGCAAGCACUUUCUCUGUUGAGCUUAACUUCUGCAGGCUUUUCUUUUCUUACUCAUUGUAAAAGUUAUUUCAGGCUAGAAAAGAAAACAACUGAAAGUUGUCAGUGCAUUGUGGCUUUCUUCUCCUUAUUCUCUCAUGAUUACUAUUGAAAACUACGUUGUUUUUUGUUUUUUUUUUAGUAAUUAAUAGAAGAGAGAAAUUUUUAUCUUAGAUUGAUUUUUUUUUUCAGUUUAGUUCUGUCAAAAGAGAACAACUUGUCUAUGAAAGACUAAAAUUUACUUGAAAGGUUUUAAGACAUGGCAUUGUUAAUUGUAAAUCAAAGCUUUUCACACAGUUCUCCAAGGGCUGAGGCAGGCUUUUGUGGUCCCUCAGGAGGGAGGAAGUUGCUUGUGCUCUGAGACUGGCAUUUAAUAGCUGCUGUGCAGUGAUGUUCUUUUGCAGCUGCUGCUAGGCCUUUUCUGUAUCUGGGGAGAGUGGGAGCGCUCAUUGUUGGCCUGAUGCUGUCAGCUUUUGAAUCCUGUGUUAGCUGGCCCUAUUGCCUGGUGCUGUUUAUUACUGUGACUCAAUCAGUAUGUUUCCUGAGAAUGGUGUUUGUUUGGGGUUUUUGUUUGUUUGAUUGGUUCAGUUUUUGUCUCUUACAGACUAGUCAUAGAAUAUUUCAAUGGAUUUCUGCCUCAUGAAAAGUGUGUUUUAAAAAGGUGAUGUGUCCCUUUGCACAAUCCUGCUGUUAUCUUUGAAGUACAGAGAGAAGAAAUAGUACAAAGAGGGUUUGAUGUGGGUAAUGAAAAAAUAAAGGUUGUUACUCUGUUUUUGUGGGUUAGAAUCUACACAAAAUGAUAAAUUGUAAGAGUGUUUUAGAUAGUAAAUUGUGUCUGUGUGAAACAUACUUAGAGACAAAGCUUCAAGUCUUUGACUUUAUAGUAUUAGCAAGAAAAAUCAGACAUUUUUCCUAAGAAAUGUUUUUAACAUGAAUAUAUAACUAUAAAUAAUGAUUCCAUAGGAAUAAGGGGAAACUUCUAGUAAGCCAUAUUUACUUUUCUAGCUAGAAUGCACCUUUUAUCUCUACACUCACCAGCCUUUCAAUCUUUAAAUUAUAACACUUUUUCCUGUUCCAUCACCAAAUUGUUUAUUACAUACUAGAUGUUCUAAAGAAUGCAUUCCUUUGUAAACUCUUCAUUAGUGUUGUGAAUGAGAAAUCGAAGGAACUUUAUAAAAAAUCUUUAUUCAUUAAACUUUUCCUUUUCAAGAAUGUCAUUUUAAGCAUAGGUAAUUUUUUUCCCAAGCAUAGGUAAUUUGUUUUGAAGAUAAUUUCUAAUUUUAAGAAUUUUUUUCACAAUGUAACAAAACAAACAACAAAAAGAAAAUUCUAAAACACAGUACGUUCUAGUCAGUGAAGUGGUCCUUAAAUGGCUUUCUCCAGGAAGUGAUUUUGAACAAGGCUUAACUGUCUGGAUCCUCCUUGUCCCCUAUGAUUCAGUGUUUCCAGUUCCUGAUUGCUUGAUCAUGUGUUUAUCAGAGUUGAAAGCAACUUUAGACCAUGCCAGAUGGUAAAGUAACUAGAGGUGUAGCAAGCAAGGCUUCCUUUCACAAGUGCACUAAUUUAAUUCAAACUAAAAACAGAUUAGCAGAAGAUUGUGCGCUCUCCCUCUCUCUCUCUCUCUCUCACACACACACACACACACAGAGAGAGAGAGAGAGAGAGAGAGAGAGAGAGAGAGAGAGAGAGAGAAUUGGUUUUUCUUUUGUACAUUUACCUUUAGGAUACAGUAUUUCUUUUUAUUUAAAUACAGUGUGUGACCUUUGUAUAUUUAUUUCAACAUUCCAAAGUUUGUCUCUUUGGUAUCUUCCACCAAUGCUAGGAUUUGGUGGAAAUUGAAAGAAGUUGAUUACAGCAUAAACCCUCCCUCUGUGCUCUGUGAGUUGGUUCAGUCCUAUUUUGCAUAAGUUCCUUUUGAGUAGUUCCAUGUGUGAAUGCAUAGUACUGAAGACUUGUGCUGCCUGUGUGGAUCUAUGUCUUGGAGAGAAGCUGUGUGCAUCAGCUGCAAAUAACAUUUUAAAAAUCAACAUGUACUGUGCUUAUCCUGUCCCUGGAAUGGGCAACAAUUCUUUGAUGUAUUACUACAAUGGGAAAACGGUAUAUGCACCAUCCCCAAAUUCUGACGAUUUCAACCGUGAAUCUCCUAGUUACCCAUCUCCCAAGCCACCAACCAGUAUGUUCGCUAGCACUUUCUUUAUGCAAGAUGGGACCCACAGUUCUUCUGACCUUUGGAGUUCAUCGAAUGGGAUGAGCCAGCCUGGUUUUGGUGGAAUUCUGGGGACCUCCACAUCCCACAUGUCUCAGUCCAGUAGUUAUGGCAGCCUUCAUUCACAUGACCGCUUGAGUUAUCCUCCACACUCAGUGUCACCAACAGACAUAAACACAAGUCUUCCGCCAAUGUCCAGCUUCCACCGUGGUAGUACCAGCAGCUCACCAUAUGUUGCCGCCUCACAUACUCCUCCCAUCAAUGGAUCAGAUAGCAUCCUAGGAACCAGAGGGAAUGCUGCUGGAAGCUCACAGACGGGUGAUGCACUUGGGAAGGCCUUGGCAUCUAUUUAUUCCCCUGACCACACAAGCAGUAGUUUUCCAUCAAACCCAUCAACACCAGUGGGAUCUCCUUCACCUCUCACAGGUACCAGUCAGUGGCCCAGAGCUGGAGGGCAAGCUCCUUCAUCUCCAAGCUAUGAAAACUCACUUCACUCCCUGAAAAAUCGAGUUGAGCAGCAACUUCACGAGCAUUUGCAAGAUGCAAUGUCCUUCUUAAAGGAUGUCUGUGAGUCUCGAAUGGAAGACCGCUUAGACAGGCUGGAUGAUGCUAUCCAUGUGCUACGAAACCAUGCAGUUGGACCUUCUACCAGUCUGCCUACUAGCCACAGUGACAUACACAGUUUGCUGGGACCAUCCCAUAAUGCAUCAAUUGGAAACCUCAAUUCAAACUAUGGAGGAUCCAGCCUUGUUACAAAUAGUCGAUCAGCUUCGAUGGUCGGAACACAUCGGGAAGAUUCAGUCAGUCUCAAUGGCAAUCAUUCGGUCCUGUCUAGUACUGUUGCUGCCUCAAACACAGAACUGAACCAUAAAACACCAGAAAAUUUCAGAGGUGGUGUACAAAAUCAGUCUGGAAGUGUUGUUCCAACAGAAAUCAAGACUGAAAACAAAGAAAAAGAUGAAAACCUUCAUGAACCUCCUUCAUCAGAUGACAUGAAAUCAGAUGAUGAGUCCUCCCAGAAAGACAUCAAGGUCUCAUCUAGGGGCAGAACAAGCAGUACCAAUGAAGACGAGGAUCUGAAUCCAGAACAGAAAAUCGAAAGGGAGAAGGAAAGGCGGAUGGCUAACAAUGCCAGAGAGCGCCUGCGCGUGCGGGAUAUUAACGAGGCGUUCAAGGAGCUUGGCCGAAUGUGUCAGCUUCAUUUGAAGAGUGAAAAACCUCAGACAAAACUUCUCAUUCUUCAUCAGGCCGUGGCAGUCAUCCUUAGUCUAGAACAGCAAGUGAGAGAGAGGAACCUCAACCCCAAAGCAGCCUGCCUUAAGAGAAGAGAAGAAGAAAAAGUCUCUGCUGCGUCAGCAGAGCCGCCCAACACGUUGCCAGGAGCCCAUCCUGGGCUUAGUGAGUCUACCAACCCUAUGGGUCAUCUGUAAACAUCAGCCAGUUCCAGAGUCAUCAGUAGGCUAAAUAGAAGGUGACCUCUCCUCAUAAGAUUUGGACAACUCAGAUUAUCUGAAGACACAAACCUGGCAGGAGGGAGAAGAAAAAGCAAAACACUUGAAACCAGAAACUCAUAUGUAAUCCUGUGAUCAAAGCAACUGGUCAGCACUUCAUCAGACGUGAGCAUAGGAAGCUCAGCAGAGACCGUCGGCCGUGAGGUGUUUGCAGCAUAUCACUCUGCUGUAAUCAGUGUGUCGCUUCUGCACAAUCAGAGACUGUCUCAUCUCUCCACUCAACGUGGAAGUUGCCUUGUGCCUAAACUGAAUUGACAAAUGCAUUGUAACUACAAAUUUUAUUUAUUGUUAUGGAACUGUGAGGUCUACAUAUAAAGGGAAAAGUUCAUGUGGGAAGCUGAUGUACACUCAGCUGAUGCCAGCAUUGUUAAAGCUGUUCACAGAGCAGUGGCAACCAUUGGCCCUUAGCAUUCCCGGCAUACCUGUUAGUGUCUUAAAAAGGAAGGGAGUCCUUUGUUGCCCUCUCCGACCUUCGCCAUAUGAAUAGUGAUUUCCAUGAAAUAGGAAAAAUAUUACUUCGUAUAGCAUUUCUCUCUUGUUUUUUUCACUCAUUUUUAUUUCCUCUUUGUGGGUGUUAUAUUUGAUCUGAGUCUGCAUAGUUUAUGGUCACAGUCCAGAACCCUCCUUGCAGUCCUGUAUGCUUUGUUCAUGUCCUUGAAGUGAUAAGCAGACACCAUCUGUGACCAUAGCCUAGCUAAUAUUUUGAAAGGGGAAGUUUUGUCCCCUGGAUUUGCCCCCAAAUAAACAUUGCUUUAUUUCUAAUAAUCACUAAGACUUUUCAGGCUUCUAGGUUUCAUAGUAAAGCUAUAAUAGCAAGAAGUGUAACUUACAAGGGAGAGUUUACUUUUUAGGAAUUGCUUUGUUUUCCGAGCAGUAAGUACUACACAAUAUAGUACUUGUAAAGUGUUAGCUGAUAAGUAAGCACAGAAUGCAUUCAGUACAAUACAAAGAUGACUUUUCCUGGUGAGUCUCCGGGACAGGCAGUGUGAUGAAUGCACUCAACCGCUCUGAGGCUAAUUACCUAUGGAAUCCAAGAGCAAUGGUCACGGUUCCUUACCCUAGCUUUACUUCUGUCCUUUGAGUUGGCUGGUCCGUGGGGGGUGGGGCAGGAGGGUGACUUAAUCACCUGCAAACCACCUGCCCCCACCCCAAGAAGAGCCAGAUUAGCACCGAGCUGUACCUGUCAGUCUGUCUUAGCAUUAUGCAUUAAGGCACCCUCUGUCUCUAAUCCCUUACAGUUGUUUUUAAGACACAGUAAUCACUUUAAACUUCCAUGAAAUCUGUCUUCCACCACAGCACCCUGGGAGAGAAAAACAUGCUAAGCGUGAUGGUCUUGGCUAAGUAACUCCUUAAAGCCAAUAGCAGUGGCAGUCUGCACAGAAGAAAAAUCCCAAGUCGUUCUGUAACUUAGAGACACCGGAGAAUUUUGAAAGAACAAAAACCAUGAAGACAGCACUUCAGAUCCUCCAUCAGGACUCUGGUGAACACGUCAGUCUUUGGCGAACUUAGUGGACUUAAUUUGUAUAUGUUCUCCAGUUAGAUCAGACUCUAUCUGUGGCCUUGUUCUUCAUUUCAGUGUUAAUCAGCUAAAACAGCAGUUGUUGCUAUGAUGUGUGAGUGAACAUAAGCCACUGCCUGGCCUUUUUUCUUCAGAGCUUGUCGUCUUUUUCGCUAUAUUAGACUUUGCAGUAUGCCCAGAAGCUUUCCUUCAUAAAAUAGAAAGAAAAAAACAUUUGGCUUAUUUUUCACUGUAGCUAGUCUUUUAUACAAUAAUCUUGUAAGAAAAUUUCUUGAAUUCUAAAUAUUACUCUUUCUAGAUUUUUGAAAUCAAAAGUUUUCAGUAAAAAGUUUCUUACUUUAUUUUAUUAUAUUAGGUAGUUAAAGAAAAUGUAGGGUUAUUUACCAUAACCUGUUCAUUAAUAUCAGAAAUUUACAAUAGCAUUUUAAGAGCAUAGUAGGUUCUAGCAUACCAUGUAGUUCCUAUGGAGUAUUGUGAGAGCGAAUUGUUGGAGAUGAGCUGCUUUUCAUCUUGUUCUCCAGUUUCCAUUGUUGGUUUAUUGCAGAUUUGUAUUCUGUGUCAAAUUCAAGGUAUUAUUGAUAAACCUUUUCAACCAGCAGCAAGAAGUUCAAAUUUCUUUUUUCUGUCGCUGUAACAGAAAACACAGUAUGUAUAUAACAUUUAUGUAGCAAUAAAUGUGCCAUCCUUUUUUUUAACAUA